AUGAAGUUCUUCAUUGAUGAUCUUCCGGUGCUGUUCCCGUAUCCUCGCAUUUAUCCAGAACAAUAUGCCUACAUGUGCGACCUCAAGAAGACCCUCGAUGCAGGGGGUCACUGUGUGUUGGAAAUGCCUUCGGGUACUGGCAAGACAGUUUCACUAUUGUCGUUGAUUGUCGCCUAUCAACAACACUAUCCGGAGCAUCGCAAGCUCAUAUACUGCUCCCGAACCAUGUCCGAGAUUGAGAAAGCUUUGGCCGAGCUGAAGGCUUUGAUGGAGCAUCGUUCUAAGGAGUUGGGCUAUGUGGAGGAGUUCCGAGCGCUUGGUCUUACGAGUCGAAAGAACCUUUGCCUUCACCCUUCGGUGAAAAAAGAGAAGAGUGGCACAGUGGUUGAUGCCAGGUGUAGAAGCCUGACUGCUGGGUUCAUCAAAGAGAAGAAGGAGCGUGGUGAAGACGUUGAACUUUGCGUGUACCACGAGAAUCUUGACCUACUCGAGCCCCACAACCUUGUACCACCAGGAGUAUUUACACUUGACGGCUUGCUAAGAUAUGGAGAAGAGCAUAAGCAAUGUCCUUACUUCUCCGCUCGGCGUAUGAUGCCAUGGUGCAACAUCAUCAUCUACUCCUAUCACUACCUUCUUGAUCCAAAAAUCGCCGAACGGGUAUCCAAAGAGCUCUCUAAAGAUUGCAUCGUGGUUUUCGACGAAGCCCACAACAUCGACAAUGUCUGUAUCGAGUCACUCAGUAUAGAUCUGAGUGAGGAUUCUCUACGAAAGGCAACCCGAGGAGCAACCAAUCUGGAACGCAAGAUCGAAGAAAUGAAGAGCACAGAUGAGGAGAAGCUGAAGAAUGAAUACACAAAAUUGGUUGAGGGUCUGCAAGAAGCAGAGAGAGCCCGGGAUGAAGAUCAAUUUAUCUCGAACCCGGUCUUGCCAGAUGAUUUACUAAAGGAAGCUGUUCCUGGUAAUAUUCGCCGGGCCGAACAUUUCAUCUCUUUCUUGAAAAGAUUCAUUGAGUACUUGAAGACUCGGAUGAAAGUGACCCAUACCAUUUCCGAAACACCCCCUUCUUUCCUCACUCACUUGAGGGACCUUACCUAUAUUGAACGAAAACCUUUAAGAUUCUGCGCUGAGCGCCUUACAUCGCUUGUGCGGACGCUGGAGCUUGUCAACAUCGAAGACUAUCAGCCUCUCCAGGAGGUGGCCACCUUUGCAACACUGGUCGCAACCUACGACAAGGGAUUUGUUCUGAUCCUCGAACCAUUUGAGUCCGAAGCGGCCACUGUACCAAAUCCCAUCUUGCAUUUCACGUGCUUGGAUGCCGCCAUUGCUAUCAAGCCGGUAUUCGAUCGUUUCAGUUCUGUGAUCAUCACCUCGGGAACUUUAUCGCCUCUAGAAAUGUAUCCAAAAAUGCUGGGAUUCACCGCCGUUAUGCAAGAAUCAUACAGCAUGACACUCGCCCGACGAUCUUUCUUGCCCAUGAUCGUCACUCGCGGUUCGGACCAGGCACAAGUCUCGUCUUCGUUUGGAAUUCGUAAUGACCCCGGUGUUGUGCGAAAUUACGGAAGUCUGGUGACCGAGUUUUCUCGAAUAACACCCGAUGGCGUUGUGGUCUUCUUCCCUUCUUAUCUAUACAUGGAGUCGAUCAUCAGCAUGUGGCAAGGUAUGGGAAUUCUAGAUCAAAUCUGGAAUUACAAGUUGAUUCUCGUCGAAACCCCUGAUGCACAAGAGUCUUCACUCGCAUUAGAGACCUACCGAACAGCAUGCUGCAACGGACGUGGCGCAAUUUUGUUCUGUGUCGCUCGAGGCAAGGUAUCUGAGGGUAUUGAUUUCGAUCAUCAAUAUGGUCGGGCAGUGUUGUGUAUUGGUGUUCCCUUCCAAUAUACCGAGUCUCGAAUUCUCAAAGCCCGCCUCGAGUUCUUACGUGAGAAUUAUCGUAUCCGCGAAAACGAUUUCUUAUCUUUCGAUGCAAUUCGACACGCCGCUCAGUGCCUGGGUCGUGUCUUGCGUGGCAAGGACGAUUACGGAGUCAUGGUGUUGGCAGAUCGCCGCUUCGAGCGAAAGCGCCCUCAGCUACCCAAGUGGAUCAACCAGGCAAUGCUGGACAGCGAAACUAAUCUCAGCACCGAUAUGGCUGUAUCAAAUGCUAAGAACUUCCUCCGGACCAUGGCUCAACCUUUCAAAGCGAAGGACCAAGAAGGCAUCUCAACUUGGGGAUUGGCUGAUAUCGAGCGCCAUGAGGCGAAGAGAAAGACCGAAGAAGAGCGGAUGAUGAGAGAGGAGGCGGCAAAUGGGAACGGGCACGCUAUGAAUGGGAUGAUACCCUCUGCAUCCCGGAUCGUCGAAGAUGAGUAUGAUGACGAUAUCGAUGAAGAUCUUAUGAUGCUCGACGCCCGCUAA